AUGCGCUUCAGCUCCAUUCUCGUCGCCGCCCUCCCCAUCCUUGGCUCCGUCUUCGCUGCCCCCUUCAACACCGAAGCCAAGAAGGAUCUCUCCCUCACCCCUGCUUCUCCCGCCCUUGUCGAGCGUGAUGGGCUCUUGCUGGGUGUUCUUGCCGACCUCAAGGCAGAUGUUAUCGCCGCGGGCUCUCUCUCCGGCGUGACCGUUGAAGCCGAUGUCAACGCCUGUAUCCAAGUUGUGCUGGAUGCCUUCAACAAGUGUGGCUCAGCCCUUGGUAUCGAUUUGUCUCUGGGCGUGGACGCACGUGUCGGUUUGGACCUUGGUCUUCUCAAGCGCGAGUUGGAAGAGCGAUCUGUCAACAAGCAAGCUGUGGCUCAGGCGCUCGUAGACGUUAUUGCCAUCAUCAACGUAAACAUCCUGGUCCCCGCUAAGCCGGUUCUCUCUACCUGUACCUGCUCUCAAACCCACUCUCUCUUCACCGAACUCGACUUGCUCCUGACCGGCCUUCUCUGCGCCUUGGACGCUCUCCUCGGCAACCUCCUUAUCAUCGUCAAGGGCCUCUUGAUCUCUGUGCUGGGAUUGGUCGCCGUCCUUCUCGGGGGCUUGCUCAACGGCUGCCUUUCCAUUCUCGGCUUCUAA